AUGGUAUGGAAGAAAUGGUACUGCAUGUCACAAAGAUUUUUGAAAGAUUUAAAUUUUGAAUUCAGAUUUAAAGAUGAAGUCCUUCAUGUUAAAACAAGGGAAUGUUUCUCUCAGUGGACAACUGCUUAUCUCCAAGCAUACUUAUGCUCCAUCGUUCCUCGCUUUUCCGUUGACCAGCCGGAUUCUGACUACGAGUGGUUUGAAGAGAAACAGCAACAGGUUGAGGCAUUGGACACUCAGCUUCAGAAGUUACAUAGAAGUGUAGAAAACUUGGUGCAACAACGGAGAGAGUUGUGUUUAAGCACUGGUCAAUUUGCCAAAAGUGCUGCAAUGUUGGGCAAUGCUGAAGAGCACACAGCUUUGUCACGGGCCCUGUCACAGUUAGCUGAGACUGAAGAGAAAGUAGAGCUGUUGCAUAAAGAUCAAGCCGACCAGGACUACUAUGUUAUUUCGGAGCUGCUGAAGGAUUACAUCAACUUGAUACAGUCAGUGAAGGAUGUUUUCCAUGAACGUGUCAAAUGUUAUAAAAACUGGAAGGAUGCUGAAGUGAUGUUGGCCAGAAAACGAGAGAACAAGGCUCGUCUUGAAGUGGCCCAUAAAACUGAUAAAUUAUCUCAAGCCCAGCAAGAAAUUACAGAGUGGGAACAAAAACUAGAGAAAGGUCAGGAAGACUUUGAGAAAAUAUCAGAAAUAAUCCGGAAAGAAGUGAAGUUUUUUGAAGUGUGCAGAGUGGCUGACUUUAAAGCUGCCGUGAUUACUUACCUGGAACAUUUGAUGGAGACUCAACAAAAGCUUAUUAAAUACUGGGAAGCAUUUUUACCUGAAGCUAAAGCAAUUGCGUGAUAAAAGCAAGAUGACAUCCUUAAUCUACAGGAGUCAGGGUGGAAAGUUGAGAUGAUACGGAGUGAGUUGGAGUAACUAUGGAAGGCCUGGUGUGACUAAAUAAUGUCUGCAUAAAUAAUGGUGUUUGGUGUUUGUAACAGCAGCAGCAGCAGCAGCAGUUGUGUCGGUGGUGGUGGUUAGUGAUUUCAUCAGGGCUGAUGGUGACUGCACACAGAAUCCACACUUCUUUUAUUAGCAGCUGGCACACCACCCUGUAUCACUAUCAUCCCUCUCUCUAUCACCACUGUUAACUAGUGAUAUACACACACACACACACACACACACAUAUAUAUAUAUAUAUAUAUACACACAUAUAUACACACACACAUACACAUUCAUUCAUGCAUGUGUGUGUGUAUGUAUGUAUAUAUACAUAUAUACAAUAUUGAAUUAUAUUUCUGGAAUUAUCUAACUCACAACCAUUAUUCAGCUCCAAUCAUGACAACUGUCAUAUAUAAAAAUAUUUUAUAUAUACACACAUAUAUAUAUAUAUAU